ACACGGUGCUGAGAGGGGGGAAAGCUCUUUAUAGAUUUCCUCUCAAUAGUCCUUACUGCUGCUGUUUGUCAAUGAAGUGAACAAGGCAGCAAAACAGCCUGAGUUCUCCAGUGAGUCUGGAGCAGAGUGUUUAACAGAGACAUUGAAAAACUGUAGUUGCCACCAGUGGGAGCCUCCUAAACACGGGGGGGAAAUCCCCAUCCGAUGCCUCCAUUUCUUUGGCAGUAGCAGAUAUUAGCACCAUUUGGCUUGCACAGCACCUAUUGGCUGGGGUACCAGCUGAAGUCUGUGCAAUGUGCUUGUGUGUUGGACAUCAGUAUGCUAUUCACAGGCCAUGGUGGGAAACUUUGGGUUUGGAAAAGUGAAGGAGACAUGUGCCAUGUCCACAGUAUAAGUCAUAACUAAGGCAGAGCAGAUUAUUGGCAAAUAAGUGAAACGACUGAGCUGUGAGGGGAAGAGUGAUGCCCCAGGAGAAGGAAAUCCCCCUGAGCUGAAUGAAGGCAGAUAGAGGAUAACAUAAACAGGCAAGUGAGGAAGGGAGGUGAUAGCAGCACCAGCCUUCAUGGAGCUCAUGAAUCAUUUGUACGUAUGUGUUUUAAACAGAGACAAAUGAGCAGUUCCUAAUAACUGAUGUAUGUUGCCAGCCUUGCUUGAUAGCAGGGGGACAUGGAGAGAGCUUCAUCCCAUCACAAACCCUCUGGAAGGGGUGGAUGUUUCCCUGUCCUCACUGGUGACAAUCGCUAGCUGCGUGCUGCGUCCUCAUCCUCACCUUGUGCAGCUCUCAGCUCUCAGUGAGGUCUCCUUUGCCAGGUCAACCCCGAGCUGGGUGACAGGAUGUGGUCAGGGUGCCAUGGCUCUGGGGAGCUCACAGACAGAGGGAGAGCCUUGAGGUGGAGAUGAUGGGUCUGGAGCAGAGGAUAUGGGUGAAAUGGGAAAGCUGGAAGAAUAGUUAGAGCCAUGUGGGGUGGCAGUCGUGUUCUGUUCAGUGCUAGGAAUAAACAGCAAUGGAGAAAAUCUAUGUGAAACUGAAGACUGGAACCACUAGCACAGAGAAACCAGCCAUGAGUAAAAUUACAACCCACAUGCGUGAGCUUCUGCUCGCCUUCCUGCAGCAGUGAGAACAUCUUGGCAAUAAGCACGUCCUCUGGGAACUCCGUGAGAUGCCCUGUGGCAGGAGCUCACAGUGCUUGCAGGUAUCUGGGCAGGGAGCUUGUCUGGGCCAGAGCACCAGGCUCACAGUUCUAGUUCUGAGCAACUCUGCUCUCAUGGACGUUUCUAAGCAGGCAUUAGCACUGAGGGAAGGGUGCUGAUAUGUGUCCCUCCAGAGGACAGCAGCCACAGUAUGUCCUUAGUAUGAUCCUGAGCUGAGCAAGGGGAGUUUGAAGCCUGAACUUGGUCCAAGCUGAUGUUCCUCUGGGGCAGAAAACGUGAGAAGCCACUUUCCUCUGAUGCUGGGCAGACCUCUCUCCUGGGCUGCUUCUUCCAAGAGCUGCGAUGCUGAGCAACAGCCUCCCCGCACUGGAGUCAUUGUGCUGACUUGCACUAGCCCCUAGCGACUCCUCUUGGUCCACAAACCAACAUUUUGCAACGUGCAGAAGCCUCUGGUGAGAGCACCAGAGCAUCACUUCCAAUCGGCACAACUCUCUCCCACUGGCUCGCUAGGGCUUGCUGCUGGGGGCAAAGAUUGGCUGAGGGCAAGCGUUCCAGUCCUGGGAGCUGAGAUGAAGGUCCCAACGCAGCUGUCGGCACCUCGAGAGCUCUCCUAGCCUCGUCCUGGCCCCAUCCCCGGCACCCAUGGCACCCAAUUGCCUCCAGCAGCGGGGCAUCCCCUGCAUCCCAUCUCCCCAGCCAUCUUGCAGGAUCUCCCGCUCGCAGCUUUGUUUAUUCGUUUGCAUCUCUCCAGCUAAAAAAGGGACACCGAGAGGGCCCAAACGUGCUAAUUUUAAACCUCGCCACCCACACAGCCAGGCGUAACAUCGCCGCCGCCCUCCUCCAUCCCGCUGCCCCUCCCCAACUCGGUCCCUGCGCACGGGGACACCUGGGGACCCCGCAGCCCCCGCGCUGCAUGGAGCGCCUGGGACACCUAGCGGCCACCUCUCCCCACGGCGGCCGGGGGGAGCGGCUGCCGCUGAGCCACCCCAGGGACUGAUUUGCUGUUUUUUCCCAUUUUUCCUGAGCGCUCUGACCUGCCCGGUACCCCAGCCCAGGCUAGACUGCCUUUCUCGCUCGGGAAUGCGAGGACACAGCGCAAUCACGGCCUUCUAAUGAGCCCAAGGAGUAGGGCAGAGUGUUUGCUUGACGAGGCAAUUAGCUGAUGAUUGAUUCCUGGAACAACCACUUAAUUCAUCAUUAACUGGACUAAUCGCAGGCAGCAUCUGUGCCGAGGGUCUCAGAGAGUGCUGCACCGCCAACCUGGGGCAGCCAGAGGGAUGGGGUGUGGAGGUGGUCUGCGUGACGCACGGAGCCGAAUUUGGUAUGUUUUCAUUGUCGUGCCUUAUUUCGGUUCCUUCUAUACCUGGUUGGAAAAGAUCGCAGUACUCAAAGCAAUUUUCCUGCUCUGCAAGGAAACCAGGAGAGCCAGGGAGAGCCUGGCCCAAUGGUUUAUAGAAUCACAGAAUCACAGAAAGGCUUGGGUUGAAAGGACUUCAAAGUCCCCUCAGUCCCAAGAGAUGGGCUGGCCCCCACCAGGUCAGGCUGCCCAGAGCCCCAUACAGGCUGGCCUCAAGUGCCCCAAGAGAUGGGGCUCCCACAGCUUCUCUGGGAAACAUGUUUGUGGUGCUCAGGGUGAAGAGGCAGCUUGCAGGGGCAGCACUCAUUGUCUUGGCCACAGUGCUGAGCCUGACUGCAGGGAGCGUGCAGGGCUGAGGCACGGGUUUCUGUGUUCUCCAGGGUGUUAUGCCCCUAUGCCAUGUGUGCACCUAUAUUGGGGCACCUUGUGCCUGAGAGUAUCUCGCUGCUGCUGCCUGCUGCCAGCAUCACAGGGCUAAUUGCUCUCCAUGCUACACUGUCAUGCUUGUAAUGAGGACGGAGAGUGUCUGCUCUUCCCAAGUUGGGCUUUUAUGUCUUUGCUUUCAUCAGCCUGCUUCAUUCCCAGACCCAGUGUACGAUCCCAAUAAAUCACAUAGGGUUUGGGAAAGCUCUGUCUAUUCCUGCACACAUAUAGCUGGCGCUUGCCUCCCUCUUUCUGCAAUUUCUACCUGAAUAUUACCUGCAGUGUUUUUAUAGCCCUGAUCUCCACUAGGCUCUGAAUCAUCAUAUACCCCUCAGAGUGAAAGACAACAAGGAAAGGAGUUUAGUGCAGGUCACUCUCUCCAAUCCUGGGGUGCUCUUAGAUGUGAUUCAAGUCAGCCAGCCCAUGUCUCAUCAUCCGACCCCACCCCCUGAGAUGCCCUAGGUGCCCAGCAGUAGCCCAGCUGUGUAGGGGUGCUCUUCCUGCUCUGCCCCGUCAUUUCUCCUGGCUUUUAUUUUUUGCUGAAGUUCUGCUGUGAGUUACUGGUGGCUUCACUGUGUUCAAUCUCUGCUUGUUUUUCAGAGCUCCCAUCCUGAACACUCCCUGCUCCUCCCAGGCUGGCUAUUGGGUUCUUAAUUCCUCACAGCCCCUUUCCCUUCUUUCUGUCCCUCACACUGUGCAUGAGUUCUCUAAGCAGUCAUCUCCCCCUCCUCAAAAUCAGUGCUGAUGGCCUCGCCUGUGAUAAGCAGAAGCCUCCACACCUGCAGCAUCCCCUUGCCGGCUCCCUCCCAGCACAUCUGGUAGUGCAGCCAGAAAUGUUCCUGGAGAUGCUGAUACCUCACCACAACCAGCAGCUUUGCUGGCGUUGGGCUCCUAGUUGGGCUGGCUGCUACUCUCAGGUGAUGCACAGAGACUGGUCAGUCCUAAUUGUUUAUUUUAUAAAGAAAAAUUCCUCCAUCCCUGGAGGAAUUCAAGGGCAUGUUGGAUGGGGCUCUGGGCAAUCUGAUCUAGUUUCUGAUUUAGUGGAUGACAACCCUGCCCACAUCAAGGCGCUGGUUCUUUAAGGUCCCUUCCAACCCAAGCCAUUCUAUGGUUCUAUGAUGUUGUUGCAAAUCUGAUUUGCAUAUUGAGGUAAGCAUAAUUAUUUUGGUCUGUGCAGGAAAUGAAAAUAUCUGUGAUGCCAACGUGCAUCAGCCUUAAAUAUUGUGGAAAUACUUCCUGGCCAUCUGCUGCGUGAGCCAUUGAGUACCUUAUUGGCAAGGUGGGAGGGUAAAGAAAGCAGACAAUGAUUUUGGGGAGGGAGGUGUAGAGAGCACUCAUGCAGUGUUUUAGCGAUGUGGGAGUGCUUUUGAAUGGCUUCAUUUUCCUAAACAGCUUUCUAAAAUGUGCCAACUGCUGCCAACACAAAGCCCAUCAACAGGGACAUUUACAACGGGCUGUGGCACUAAAAACUGUGCAGUACGGCAGAAUUUGGCCGAGUGAACGGGGCCUUGUGGGAAGCAGUUGGGCUUUUUGCUCCCUGGAGUCCUCAAUUCCAACUUCUUCAUUUAUAUUUUCUUUCUGAGGAUUGAUUUGAAGCCAAAGCAAUGUGCCUGCCAUCGAUAGGGCACCGCAGGGAGCCCUAUGGCAGGUAACAGUGUGCUCCGCUUUGCAGCAUCCAGCACAGGAAGCAGCUGCGGAGGUCUCUGGGGAGCAGAGUGACAUUUGGGGCUGUAAGGCAGGAGGGUGGCAGGCUCCAGCAGCUGGGAGCAUGCGGAGAGGGCUGGAAAAGAGGGCACACGGAUACUGAGCAGCGCAAAGCGAUCAUUCCUCUCUCCUGGGGGAAUCUGAUAUUUCGCUGCACAUUUUCUAUGUGCUGAGGUGGGUUGGAAAGCCAAAACAGUAAGCGCUCCUUUGAAGAAAGAGGGUUGAAAUGUUUCAUCUCAGAAAAUUUCAUGUUAAAAAAAAAAAAAAAAAAAAAAAGGCAGCAGAGUGUUUCAGCACUCUGAAAUGGAGGAAGGGAGUAAGGAUUGGAAUUUUCCUGAGGAAGAAACCAGUGUUGGCACCGGUAGCUGAGGGUUCCUGGCUUUCCUCAAACUGUUGCCUCCCCAGAGCCCAGCUUUAGCCCAGCCACAAAAGAGCCCCUAGAGACUGUCCCAUGUCCAUGAAACCACUAUCUGAUCAUACUUUGUAGCAGUACAGAUUAUGAGCCAGCUCUAAAGAUGCAGAGGGACUGCUCCCAUCAGGCUGCACACGGCCAUACCGAGAUGUGUUAUGGACACGGCGAUCUUAAUCCAGCCUGAACCAGAUCGCUUCGCUGCACGGCUGGAUCCUUAUCUUCCUACCAGCUGGGGAGGGACGAGGAGAUGUUCAUUUUGGUAGGAGAGCAUUCAGGCUGUGGGAAGUGGGGGAGGGCUCUUCUUUUCCUUAACACUGCCAAAUCCUGUUCCCUCUUGCCUUGCUCAUCUUGACAUUGGCUCUGCAUGGGCAAUAGCUUCCCCACUGCCUUGCCGUGUGGAGGUUACAGCCCCAUCUGCUCUCUGCUUCCACAGGAUUGCUCCUACCCUGCCAGCAGCAUGGAGAGUGUGCGUGAGCUCCAGGACCCGCUGUUGGCCAAGGCUAACGGGCACCUCCACAGCAGCUAUUCUUACCACCAGCACCACAGCCAAGACUACCCCGGCCACCACUACCAAGGGAAACUGUACUCCUACAUCUUCCAAAACACUGGCGGAGCCAGGACUCACCAGCUGCUGGAUGCCAGCUCCCUGCAGCUGGCUGUGGAAGCCUUGUAUGGUCCCAAUUUCAUCCUUGUGAAAGAUGAGACUGCUCUCAAGGCAAAGGACAGCAAGACAGAGAGCUGUGAGACCACUUUUACAGAAGGUAAAGAGGUUCUGUCUGACAGUCCUGAUGGGCAUGAUGCACAGGGGUCCUGCCUGGUAGAGAGUGACAUCCGAAUCCAAACAGUGUCCUAUGAAGUGGAGGAGGAGGAGCUCCAGGAGUACGAGAGCGACUCCUCUAGUGACAGCGAAAGCGAGGACCAAUUCCUGAUGCUCCCCCCCCGAGACCACCUGGGCCUGGCACUGUUCUCCAUGCUGUGCUGCUUCUGGCCCCUGGGGAUUGCUGCGUUCUACUUCUCCCAAGGGACCAGCAAGGCUGUCUCCAAAGGAGAUUUCCACCUGGCCAGCUCAGCUUCCCGCCGAGCUCUCUUCCUUGCCGCGCUCUCUAUAACCAUCGGUACAGGUGUGUACGUCGGGGUGGUGGUGGCACUCAUCGCAUAUCUCUCCAAGGGAGGCCACGUGUAACUGCUGCCUGCACACCAGCACGGUCCCCAGCCACCAGUCCUCCUGGGAUCAAGCCUUCCUGUGAAGCACAGGGUGCCAGUGCUUGCAAGGGCUUCUAGCAUAGCAGGACCCAACCUUCGAUACCCUGUGCCAGCUCUUUCCGUUUUCAGACACACAUAGAUCCUUGGAGAUACUCAAAAGCCACCUUGCUGUGGGCAAGCAGCUCCUAGGAGGUCCUGCUUGAGCAGGGCUUGGACCAGAUGCCCCCUGGAAGUCCUUUUCCAGCUUCAACUAUUCUGUUUCCUCCCUGAUACUGUGGGGUGACACCAUCUAACAGCAGGGAACUGAGUAGUGACCGGAACGCUGGGACCAGGGGACCAAAUUGGAAGAUGUGUAAAAGCUGCUGCUGGCUGCUGCCACCAUUCUGCUCCAGGCCCACCACUUCAUCUCCCAGCCCUGCAGUGGGGACAGCCACCACCGAUGCCCAGGCUUUGCCCAUGAAAGGGACGGGCAAAGAGGAACGACUGCUCUAUCUUUUGGGCAUCUGAGGCCCUGGUGUGGAUUCAGGACUCCUAUGAUGGGGACAACAAUCUCCUGUCAGUGCCAUGAGUGGCACCUGGCCCUUCAGCUGCAGCAAAGGAAGAGGGUGCAGCAGCAUGAACAUGACCAAAAGGCAUGCUCUGGGGUGCUCUCUGAAUCCUUUCCAGAUGGACGUACAGUAGCUAGCCUUCUCAACCCACCAGGUUUUCCAGUGUUCACAAUGAUUGUGCCAAUAGUUCAGAGCUCCAGAAGGGCUGGCAUCCCAUGGUGAUCUGGAGAUAUCUGCAGUGGGAACUGCUGCCCAAAACAUGACUGCAGGGUAUGGGGGGAAGAUCUUGACUCUCAACACUGAGUUGGGGGUUUGCACACCAGGAGUGGGGAGCACAAGACUGGCACGGCAUGCAGAGCUCAGGUGGGUGCUGGAAGCAAGGAUCCAGAGAGGAGGAGGCCUGGGGGGAGCAAAGGAAAUGGGGAGACCCCAACCUUCCCAAAUCUUGGUGAGGGGCAUCUCCAUCUGUCCGAAGGCCUCUGCUGACUAGGAAGUACUGUACAUCCAUACCUACAACUGACUUCUGCCAAUUUGUAUGUUGUCAGUGACACACCAAGUGCUUCAGGAAUGGACACUAAGGCAGUGACUGCCCCAAAGCACUUGGUUCAAAGGCCUUUCCUCACCCCUUCCCUGGUGCCCUCUCACCCCUCUGCUGCUGCCUCUGCAAGUGGCACAGUGUGCUCCUCACAUGUACAUUUCAUCCUAAAGAAGCAUGUUAAUAUCUGCAAUUCCUGUUGUACUCGAGCCAUAAAGGAGAGAAGCACAUCAGAGACCUGUUCAGAAGCAGUUCUGAAAGUUCCCAUUAUGUUUUAUAAUGUGGAAGAGCUAAUAAAAGAGCAGGCAAAAUAACACUUUGCGCUAACGCAGGGCUGCAGAGGGAAGAGGUGAGCUCUGCAGGCUGCUGUGGGAGCGUUCAGAUGGCCAAGAGCUGGAGGUGUUCUGUGGCUCCCCAUGGAGAUGAGCAUCCAGCUGGUGGCUGGGGAGCGUGGGGGGAGCCGUGCUGCAGCGUGCAUCACAGCCAGCAGCCUAUGCUGCAAUGGGGAUGGGCUGUUGGCCAUGAGGGGGAAUAAGAACUUGGUAGAGAGAGGCUGGAGUAUUGCUGUUCAGGCUGCUCUGCCUGGAGGAAAAGCUUCAAAUAAAAUGUGUUCAAGGAAGAUCCCCCCGCAUACCUUUGAGUCCAGCUCCUCGUCCCUGCAGGAGCAUUCCUAACUCUUUCCAUGUCUCGUUCCUGCCCCUUCUUUAAUUGGAGGCACAGGGGAAAGGACUGGGCUGGAGGGCCAACAGAAUUAAAGUGUUUUCCACUAAUAGCCUGAAUCUCUGAUGAACUUGUAAAGAGGGGAAAAGGGGCCGAGCAAGCACAUCCCUAAGGGAGGUAUUAUGCAAAUGGAGAAAUUAGUUGGAAACAGCCUGAAGGGAAACGUGGAAAUUGAAAUCUGAGGACCAGCACAGAGACUGAUGCUGAAUAACUUAUCACAGAUGCCCAGCGUCUGCUGCAGCUGCCGGAGCACAAGCAGAAACGCA